UCGCGUCUCGGCCGCCGGCCGGGUGCCGAGGGGGUGACGGGGACCUCUCCUCUUGCUCCACCAGGGACAGGAAGGGACCCAAAGGCCGCCGUGAGGCCCGCGAGCGAAGGGUUGAGGGAUCCGGCCAGGAGCGGCAUCCCGACGAGAUGGAGAUGGAGGAGGAGACCCGGGAGAUCCUCCUGCCCAACUGGCAGGGCAGCGGCUCCCACGGCAUCACCAUCGACCAGACGGACGACGGCGUCUUCGUCAAGCAAGUGCAGCAGAACUCCCCCGCCGCCAAGAUGGGCGUCGUGAAGGAAGGGGACCAGAUCGUGAGCGCCACGGUCUACUUCGACAACCUGCAGUCCGGCGAGGUGGCGCAGCUCCUCAACAGCAUGGGGCACCACACGGUGGGGCUGCGCCUGCAACGCAAGGGGGACCGGUCCCCGGUGCCGGGACAGUCGUGGGCGCACGAGGCGUUCGGGGCCGGAGGCACGGAGGUCGUCUUGAGCGGGGACGACGAGGAGUACAGGAGGAUUUACACGACGAAGAUCAAGCCGCGGCUGAGGUCGGAGGAGGCGGCGGAGGUGGAGUGCGGCGGGACGCAGAGCAGGACCAUCACGGUCACCAGGAAGGUCACGGCCUACACCGUGGACGUCAGCGGGCGCGACGGGGCCGGAGACGUCAACGUGGUGGGCCCGGACUUCAAGGUCCGCAUCCCGGGCCAGGAAAUCGGCCGCGCCGCGGGACCGGCGGCUCUGUCCCCCACCGGAGACUGGAGCGUGGGCGUCAAAGGGGCAUCUCCGGGGGCUUCCUGCUCCGUGGGACCCCCAGGCCACCAGCUGGAUGUCCACCUCGGCGAGGCGGGGACGCACCCGAGGACUCAGAUGGACUUGAAGCUGCCGGAGAGCCGCGUUCCUGGUGGAGAAACUGGAAAGUCUGUUACGGUGGAGGUGCUGGGGCCUAGGGUUGACGCAAAUGGACAGAUGGGAGGCCCGGAGGCAGGUUUUCACGUAAAAGGCCCCGGAAUGGACGGGAAAAUGCACGUUUCUGGCCUGGACGGCCAAUUCCAUGGAGGUAUCAAAGCGCCCGGCCUGGACGUCUCCUUACCCGCCGUGGAAGGUUCAGCGGGCGAUGCCGGAACGGUGGGAAAAGUCAAGAUUCCCGUGUUGAAAGUGCCCAAAUUCGGGUUUGCUGCUUCAGGGCCCGGCCUCGAGGCCCAAGCAGGCGUCGGCGCGGCCAACGUAGACGUCGGAGGCGGCCACAUCAAAAUGCCGCACGCGGCCCUCCCACAAUUCACCGCGGAAGGUUCCGCCGUGGAAGUGGGGAAGGUGGGACCCUGCGAGGUAGACGUCGGCGUUCCCGGCGUGGCUGUCAAAGGAGAAUGGACAGGCCCGAUGUUCAAGAAGGCUGAAACGCCCCAAAUCUCUCUGUCGGAUGUGAAUCUGAACCUGAGAGGCUCCCACGUGAAGGGAGAUCUGGGUGUCGCGGUAGAAGGGGACGCCAAAGGACUUGGCUCUGUCACUAAAGGUCUCAAGGUGGACGUGAAGGGUCCUGGUGCCGAAUUUGGAGGCCCAGAAGGUUACCUGAAAGGGCCCGGCUUAUCGGCGCCUUCCAAGGUGUCGAUGCCAGAUGUGGACGUUAACGUGAAGGGACCCAAAGUCAAAGGAGAAGUGGACGUUUCUGUCCCCAAAAUAGGUGGCAACCUGAAAGGACCUCAGUUUGGUGUUGAAGGCCCCAAGUUGGGAAUGGACGUGCCUGACAUAGAUGUCAAAGGCCCCAAAGUGAAGAUGCCGGAGGUGCAUGUCAAGGCCCCCCAGGUCUCCAUGCCCGACGUUGACUUGAACCUGAAAGGCCCCAGAGUGAAAGGGGACCUGGAUGUUUCCGUCCCCAAGCUGGAAGGAGAGCUCAAAGCUCCCGGACUUGACAUCAAAGCUCCCGGACUUGACAUCAAAGCUCCCGGACUUGACGUCAAAGCUCCCGGAUUUGACAUCAAGGCUCCUGGACUUGACAUCAAAGCCCCCAAGGUUGACAUCGAAGCACCAGACGUGGACAUCCACGAUAUCAACGUGCCAAGCGUGGACAUUGAGGGGCCAGAAGGAAAAGGGAAAGGUCUCAAAUUUAAAAUGCCUGAACUAAACGUUCAGACACCAAAACUCUCCAUGCCAGAUGUAGAUCUCAGCUUGAAGGGCCCCAAACUGAAAGGAGACAUCGAUAUUUCUGGUCCGAAGGCCUCUGGAGACCUCAGGGGACCCAAAAUAGAUGUGGAAGGGCCCAAAGUGGAUGUUGAUAUGCCGGAGGUAGAGUUGGAAGGUCCGGAAGGGAAAAUUAAAGGCCCCAAAUUCAAGAUGCCUAAGCUGAAUAUCAAGGGACCUAAAAUAUCCAGGCCGGACGUAGAUCUGAACGUAAAGGGACCUAAAAUGAAGGGAGAGGUGGAUGUUUCUGCUCCAAAGAUAGAGGGUGACUUGAAAGAACCUGGCAUUAAUAUUAAGGGUCCAAGCGUAAAUGUUGAGGUCCCAGAUGUCAACCUGGAGUGUCCAGAAGCCAAACUAAAAACGCCCAAGAUGAAGUUGCCUCAUUUUACUGUUUCCGGCCCGAAGAUUGAGGGCGCCGACAUCGAUGUAAGUUUGCCGAAAGGAGACAUAGAUAUUUCAGGGCCAGAGGCAGAUAUCGAAGUGCCAGACGUGGAGGUCGGGGGGCCGGAAGGAAAAUGGAAGGGGCCCAAGUUCAGGAUGCCGAAGCUGAACAUCAAAACGCCUAAAAUAUCCAUGCCAGAUGUAGAUCUGAACCUAAAGGGACCCAAAGUGAAAGGAGAGAUGGAUCUUGCAGCUCCUAAGAUAGAAGGAGAUCUGAAAGGGCCAGAAAUAGACGUUAAAGGGCCAAAAGUAGAUGUUGAGGUCCCCAGUGUUGAUGUGGAGGGCCCUGAAGGGAAACUGAAAGGUCCCAAAUUCAAGAUGCCGGACGUGCACAUCAAGACAACCAAGAUCUCCAUGCCUGAUGUGGACAUUAACCUGAAAGGCCCCAAAGUGAAAGGUGACGUUGAAAUCUCAGCUCCAAAGCUGGAAGGUGAGCUGAAGGGCCCCGAGGUGGACAUCAAGGGCCCCAAGGUGGACAUUGACAAACCAGACGUGGACGUUCAUGGUCCUGAGGGGAAGCUGAAGGGCCCCAAGUUCAAGAUGCCUGAAAUGCACAUCAAGGCACCCAAGUUCUCCAUGCCUGACGUUGACUUCAAUCUGAAGGGCCCCAAGCUGAAGGGAGACGUGGAGGUUUCUGCACCUGAUCUGGAAGGUCCUAAAGUUGAGAUUGAGGCCCCUGACAUCGACAUCAAAGGCCCCGAGGGGAAGCUGAAGGGCCCCAAGUUCAAGAUGCCGGAGAUGCACUUGAAGGCUCCUAAAAUCUCCGCCCCAGACUUUGACCUGAGCCUGAAAGGCCCCAAAGUCAAAGGUGACAUGGACGUUUCGGUGCCAGGAGUGGAAUGUGAGCUGAAAGGUCCCGAGGUCAGUAUGGGCACUCCAAAAUUGGACAUUGGGGCCCCCGAUGUUGACAUUGACAGCCCAGAGGGUAAAUUCAAGCUGCCUAAGUUCAAAAUGCCCAAGUUUUCCAUGCCUGGCUUCAAAGGGGAGGGGGUAGAUGUGGAUGUGAACCUCCCGAAGGGAGACGUGGACAUUUCAGGCCCCAGCGUAGAGGUGGAGGGUCCUGAUCUCAGUGUGGAUGGGAAGCUCAAAGGUCCCAAAUUUGCGAUGCCUGAAAUGCAUAUUAAGGCUCCUAAGGUCUCCCUGCCCGAUGUUGACUUAAACAUCAAGGGGCCUCAGCUGAAAGGGGAUGUAGAUGUUUCUGGCCCCAAGCUUGAAGGUGAUUUGAAAGCCCCCCAGAUUGAUGUGAAAGCCCCCAAAAUAGACCUCGAUGCUCCCAGUCUGUCCAUCGAAGGGCCGGAAGGGAAACUCAAAGGCCCGAAAUUCAAGAUGCCCGAAAUGCACAUCAAGGCGCCCAAGUUCUCCAUGCCCGACGUUGACUUCAAUCUGAAGGGCCCCAAAGUGAAGGGAGACGUGGACGUGUCGGCACCCAAGUUGGAAGGGGACUUGCAGUGUCCGGACAUUGACAUCAAAGGCCCCAAGUUGGACUUCCAGGCACCCGACGUGAACAUCGAAGGGCCCGACGGAAAACUGAAAGGGCCCAAGAUGAAGAUGCCAGAGAUGCACAUCAAGACACCCCAGAUCUCCAUGCCGGAGAUAGACCUGAACCUAAAGGGGCUGAAGCUGAAGGGCGAUGCUGACAUCCACGGCCCGAAGCUGGAGGGAGGUUUGAAGGGUCCUGAAGUUGACAUCAAGGGCCCCAAAGUCGAUAUCGAGUGCCCAGAUGUUGACAUUGAUGGUCCGGAGGGAAAACUGAAGUUGCCUAAGAUGAAGCUGCCCAAAUUCGGCCUCAAAGGAGAAGGUCCCGACGUGGACGUGAACCUGCCCAAGGCAGAGGUUGACCUUUCGGGCCCCAAGGUAGACAUCAGCGUCCCGGAUGUGAGUAUCGAAGGUCCGGAAGGCAAACUGAAAGGUCCUAAAGUGAAGAUGCCAGAAAUGCACAUGAACGUGCCUAAAAUCUCAAUGCCCGAGAUAGAUUUGAAUUUGAAAGGCCACAAAACAAAGGGAGGCUUCGACCUUUCGGCCCCGAAAAUAGAAGGUAACCUGAAGGGUCCCGACCUGGACAUCAAAGGGCCCGAAUUUGGGAUCAGAAGCCCUGACAUCGAUGCUGAGGGUCCCGACCUGAACAUCGAAGGUCCGGAGGCAAAUGUCAAACUUCACAAGUUUAAGAAGCCAAAGUUUGGGUUUGGGAUGAAGAGCCCCAAGGCAGACGUCAAGGUCCCGGGGGCAGAGGUGGAUUUCCCAGAGGCUGAGCUGAACGUGGAGUCGCCCGACGUCAGCAUCUCUGGAAAGGGCAAGAAGAGCAAGUUCAAGAUGCCGAAACUUCACAUGAGUGGCCCCAAAGUCAAAGGCAAGAAAGGCGGCUUUGAGGUGAACGUGCCUGGUGGAGAGCUGGAUGCGAGCUUGAAGUCUCCCGACCUGGACGUGAGCGUGGCUGGUCCCGACGUGACGAUAAAAGGGGACGCUGCGGUGAAGUCCCCCAAAGGGAAGAAGCCCAUGUUUGGGAAGAUCUCCUUCCCAGAUGUUGAGUUUGAUCUGAAAUCGCACAGGUUCAGAGGGGACGCUUCCGUUACGGUCCCGGAAGUCGAGGGGAAACUCAAAGCGCCUGAGCUGGAAGUCUCUGUGCCGACGGUCAAAGGCGACAUCAAAGGCCCAGGUCUCAAUGUGGAUGUGGAAGCUCCCGACGUGAACCUGAAGACACCGAAAUUCAAACUUCCCGGCGGGGACUUGAAAAUGGAGGGCGACCUGAAGGGAGCCACCGUUGAUGUUGCCGCUCCCUCCAUCUCGGUGCCAGACCUCGACCUCAACGUGAAAGGACCAAAAGGCAAAGUGGAAGUCGGCGUCCCCACGGCGGAACUGGAAGGUCCCGAGGGAAAGCUGAAGAUGGGGAAAAUGGGUUUCGGUGUGGACGUCCCCGAUGCAAGCUUGGGUAUCUCGGCCGGAGGCGUGGAAGGAAGCGUGAGCCUCCCGGGUGUUGAUGCGAAGCUGAAAGGCCCUCAUGUCUCCGGACCCGAUUUUGAUGGAAACCUGAAAGGACCAAAAAUAAAGGGCGAUCUGGGUGUCGAAGGGCCGAACAUCAGCCUGGGCGCACCGGAUGUCAACGUUGGAGGCUUUGGAGGAAAGCUUAAGAUGCCCAAACUCAAAUCCUCGGCCCUGGAGGGCCCUGACUUGGGCGUGAAGGGAGGCAUCGAAUGCUCCGUCCCGCAGCUGGAGGCAGAUGUGAAAGCCCCAGGUGCAAAUCUCCACCUUGGCGCCCCCGACAUCGGUAUCAAAGGACCCUCGGUGGACGUUUCCGCCCCGGAUCUCAACGUGAACCUGAAGGGACCGGCACUGAAAGGAGGCCUCGACGUUUCUGCGGGCGUUAAGUCCCCCAUCGCCUCGGUGGAGACGGCAGAGGUUGGCUUUGAAGGCCUGGGCAGCACCAUCAAGCUCCCUUCCCUCAAACUCCCCCAGUUCGGUAUUUCUGGCCCCGGCGUCAAUGGAGCGGAUGCGGGCGUCAGCAUCGAAGGACCGCAGGUUCGAGGAGGGCUGAAGGGCUCGGGGGUCGGGUCGGAAGGAGCGGAGCUGGAAUUGAAAGGGCCUAAACUUCAGCUGCAGUCCCCCGGCGUUUCCUUGCCCGACGUCGACCUGAAGCUGAAAGGACCAAACGUCAAGGAGCCCGGCGCCGGCCUCCACCUCGAGGGUCCGUCCUUGGAUGUGUCCGCGCCCAAAUUAAACAUCAAGGGGCCGAAGAUCAAAGGCGGCGCCACCGUUGCCGGAGAGGCCAGCGCGGCCGGCGGCGGUCUUCACCUCGCCGGCCCCAAGGUUGUGGUCGGCGUCCCGCAGGGUGGCGUGGAGGGCAGCCUGGGGAAAGUGUCCUUCCCCAAGCUGCGCAUGCCCAAAUUCGUCUUUUCCGAGCCCGAGGUGAAGGGCAGGGAGGUGGGGGUGGACGUGGAGUUCCCCGGGGCCGACGUCAGCCUCCAGGAGCCCGAGGCGGAGGACGGCAAGGCGAAGAAGUCCAAGAUCAAGAUGCCCAAGUUUAACUUCUCCAAGGCCAAGGGGAAGAGCGGUGGAGGCGCGGGGUCCCCGGAGCUGCCGGGCCACGGGGGUGACCUGAAGAGCUCCAAGGCCAGCUUGGGCUCCGUGGAGGGCGAGCUGGACGAGGGGACGGCGGCCAAGGGCAAAUUCUCCCUCUUCAAGAGCCGCAAGGCCCGCCACCGCUCCUCGUCCUUCAGCGACGACCGCUCGGCCCACUCGACCCCCACGGGGACCCUGGAGGCGGAGGGCGCCGCCAAGGGCAAAGCCCCCAAGAUGAAAUUCGGGACGUUCGGUGGCAUGGGGUCCAAGACGAAAGGCUCCUACGAGGUGACGGGGAGCGACGAGGAGGCCGCCAAGCCUUCGCGCCUCUCCUCCUCCUCCAGCACCGACAGCACCACCAAGAUCGGCGUCCGCAUGCCCUCGGUGGAGCUGACGGUGGCCAAGAGGAAGGAGUAGCGCGGCUGUAGAUAGGCGCCCGUGUACAUACGUCGCCCGCCCGGGGCUGUACAUACGUUUUGUAGCUUGAGACGCCUCCGACCCCGGCAAGAAGGCCGGGCGGCGGGUGGAGGCCGCCCAACGCCGCGCGCUUCGCUAUUUGAUAGUUCGAGCUAUUUUGAUACAAAAAGAAGAAGAAAAAAAAAAAACUAUUUCCCUCCUCCUUUUUCUCAUUCUCUUCAGUGUUUCGGUUCGCGGAAACGUGUUUAUUUUUUAUGUUUUUUUUUUUUUUUUUUUUUUUUUGGCAGGGGGAGGUUCGGUUUUUAUUUUGUAUUUUUAUUUUUUUUCCGAUUCUUUUCGGGCUCGUCAGCGGGGAGGAAGGGAAGGAAAAAAAAAACAACACAAAACCCAACAAAACGACGAGGAAAACAACGAGGCCAAGCUCCCAGGCGAUGGAAAAAAAAAAAAAAAAAAAAAAAAAAAAAAAAUUAAAUAAAAUAAAAUAAACCCGGGGUUGGGUUGCGCAAAGGGCUCCGGCAUCGGAUAACAGGGGCGGCGUUCCGGCAGGGAAAUGCCUUGCGCGGCGGCCUCCGGGGGCGAAUUUUUGUGUCAAAUCCCGAUUUCUGUGGAAUUGCGCUUUCUGUCGGGUUCGACUGUUUUUUUUUUUUUUAAUUAUUAUUAUUAUUUUUUUCUGUGGAAUUCCCGGUUUUUGACGAGCGGAGGUUGAGUUACAAAAGAGGGGAAAAAAAGGAUUUGAAAAAAAAACAAAAAAAAACAAAAAAAAAGGACAAAAAAGCAAAAAGUUUUUUUAAAAAUAUAUAAAAAUAAAAACAACGCCCUUUCAGCACUUUAUUGGGAAAUUAACGGAGAAUGUAAAAUGCAAAUAAAAAAGUUUAUUAACCGU